UACCAUCAUGCAUCUGUGGGUAGCCAUCCUGGGCCUCAUACUCCUUCUGACAGAUGGUGUAACGUCUUACCCACGAGUGACUGGAGUGGUGGGUCAGUCUGUCAGACUACCCUGCACCUAUGGUGGAGAAGUCACAAGCAUGUGCUGGGGCCGAGGGGCAUGUCCUUUAACUCGCUGCGGAAGUGACAUUAUCUGGACUAAUGGAUACAGUGUCACCUUUCAGAAGGACAGACGUUAUAAGCUAAACGGAAACAUUGGUGGAGGGGAUGUGUCUUUGACCAUAGAGAAUGCAGCCCAGGCUGACAGUGGCUUGUAUUGUUGCCGCGUUGAGAAGAGAGGGUGGUUCAAUGAUAUAAAAAUCACCCUAGACUUGAGUAUAAAGCCAGCUCCACCUACGACAACAAUAAUGACGACUACUACUCCAACAAUGACCACCACUACUACUACUCUUCCAACUACCACCACUACUACUACUACCACUCCACCAACUACCACCACUACUACUCCACCACCGAUGACGACCACUACUUCUCCACCACCAACGAUGACCACUACUACUCCACCACCAACUACCACCACUACUACUACUCCACCAACAACAAUCACCACUACUACUACUCUACCAACUACCACUACUACUACUCCACCAACAACUACCACUACUACUACUCCACCACCAAUGAUGACCACUACUGCUCUACCAACAACAAUGACGGUCACCACUGCUCCAACGACAACGAGGGCCUCUACCUCUGCUCUUCCAGUGCCAGCACCCACAAAGAACCUCCAGCCAGUAGCUUCUUUAUCUUCUCCAACGCAGACAGCAGAAACCCAGCCUACCACACUGCAAGAAACAAAUAUAACCGGCUCACCAUCGCACUCUUGCUCAACAGAUGGGUACGGCACUGUGACCCAGUCUCCAGAUGCCCUUUGGCAUAACAAUCAAACUCCUGUGACGCUGGCACAAGAUCCAUGGAUGAGCACCAAUAAGGGAGUCUACAUUGGAAUCUGUGUUACUGCCUUGGUAUUAUUGCUCAUGUUUUUGGUUUUCACGAUUAGCAAAAGAUAUUUUUGCCUGGGUAACAAGGUGGAGCUACUACGUGUGAUUCCAUUGAGGGACUCUCACAUUGGAGCUUUGAAAAAUGCAGCUCUGAAGCCUGUCCGAGCAGAAGACAAUAUCUACAUUAUUGAUGACCUUCAUUAA